GUGCCCUCAUUUUUCAAGACCGAAGGGUGAAGACCAAGUGUUCUCCACGAAACGGCGUCCCUGACUCACGAUGGCGUCCAUGGUCCGCUCGACAACAGAAUCUCUUCUUCAUGAAAAGACCACACCCGGUCUGGCCUGGUCCGCUUCUUGAUUUGCUGAUCAGCUCGAGCUCGAUAACAGCCACCAAGCCUAUACAUCUGGUCUUGAUCUCUACUACUCAAGCCUACAAAUCUCGACCUCAUCCCUGAUUACUGAGAUAAAACCCAACCAUGAAUACCCUUCAACGCAUAGCAGCAAAGACUCAAUUCCGUAGACUAUCUACGGUGAUUGCGAGACCCCAUUUCAGCAUAGCCAUCAAUUCCAGAGAAUUUUCCACUAGAUCUCCAUCCAACGGUAAUGGUGAGGACGAGUGGAAUGACACAUGGGAGACUGCUUGGCUCCCGGAGGACCUCUCUGCGAAUAACAGAGCUCCGUGGGAGACUGAUGUCAAUUUCUCUUCUUCCUCAUCAUCCACAAUAGUUCUUCCAUCAGAUGCUGAUCCUGAGACGAAGGCGUUUGUGGAGGACAUGAAUGAUAAUUGGAAUGAGAGACGGAAAACAAGCAAGACUCAGCAACAGGAAAUACAGCAACAGAAAGAAAAUGGGUCGCUUUAUAGCUUAGAGAACAUGAAGAAGGAUUACAGGUUGAAGAAGCAGAGGAUUCAUGCUGGGUUGUGGAUGAAGGAGAUCGAGAAGCAGGAGGAGGCCAAGUUGGGUGACUCAGGUUUGGGUGUUGGGGAUGAUAUUGAGAGGUUGCUGGAUAGCUGCUCUGACAUCUUUGAUUCUGCCAACAAUGACUUGAACAACCCAGACAUCCCAAGCUCUUCUGAGUUCAAAAACAAGCCCGAUGGCUGGGAAACAACAUCAAAGACUCCGGAUGGAAAUAUAUGGGAGAUGACACAGAGGGAAGAAGACAUUCUCCUUCAAGAAUUUGAGCGCCGAAUUGCAUACAGCAAAUUUCAGAUAGCUAGUUUUAUAAAGACUCACAUAUUUAGUCGGAGGAGACCAAUUGAUGGUUGGAAAUACAUGAUAGAGGAACUGGGACCAAAUGCAAAGAAAGGCAAGGGUAGUGUUUCAAGGUUACCAAGUUUAUCUGAUGCAUCAACCCAACCAUUUAAGAAGGAGAAGACUCCAAUUAGCAGCAGCCUCACACCCUUUAAGGAAAGAUAGUCCCAGUUAUGAUUCCGUGUUCGAAAUUCCUGUGAUAACCCCAAUGUUGAAAACUAUGAAAAGUAUUUAAAUUUAUACAUCAUUAGAAGCACGAGAAAUGUUCGUUCUAUGUUUUACAUUUUAGAAGUAUUGGUAAUUCCGCCUUGUCUCACAUGUAUAAUGUUAGUUAUCUGUAUUCCUUUAAUUGGAAGAGGCAGGCAAUAAUCUGAUACCAAUCGAACAUCAAUACAUCAAUGACUUCCAUUACUUUAUUUA